AUCAGGAUCAGUGAGGUGUCCUUAUUUCUGAUCAUCAUGAAGAUCUUUGCUGUAAUCCUUGCUCUGGCUGUCCUGUCAGGUUGCCAUGCAAGAAGUGUGUUUCAGGAUGAGGAGAAGAGCUCCUGGGAGGUCGCAGUCGACAAGUUUAUGGAUUAUUUCACAGAUCUGAACUCCAAGGCCGAUGAAAUGGUGAACAGCAUCAAGAGCUCCCAGAUCAGCAGGGAACUGGCCACCCUGAUCCAGGACAGUAUGUCUGAGCUGGCCAUGUACAAGGACGACCUGGAGAUCAAGCUGGCUCCCUACACUCAGGAGUCUGCAGAGCGCCUGGGCAUGGAACUGCAGAAGCUGUUCAACAAACUCCAAGAACACAUGCUCAGUGGCCGGGAGCAGAUGUUGAAGUACAGCGAGGAGCUGCAGACCAUGAUGGAGCAGAACACAGAUGACGUCAAGGUCAGAGUCUCCGCCUACACCCGCAAGAUGAAGAAACGCCUCAACAAGGACACACAGGAGAUCAAAAGACAAGUUGCCAACUACCUUGAGGAGUUUCAGUCCAGAACCUCAGACAACAUGGAGGAGAUGAAGACGCGUUUCGACCCUUUUUUUGCUCAUGUGCGUGACAACGUCCAGGCAAAGAUCACCUCCCUGAGUGAUCUGCUGAGGUCGCAAGUGGACAAUGUGAAGGACAAGAUUCAGACCAAAGCUGAGGACAUCAAGGAGCGCUUCGAGAAAACCGCCGAAGACCUGCGAUCCACCCUGGAGGAGAAGAUGGAGGAGCUGAGCAACUGGUUUCAGCCUUUUGUCUCCAUGAUGAGUGGUAACAUGUAAAAUCCUGUAAUCAAGCAGUCUGGACUAUCUGUUUAUCCAUCAUUUUUUCUGUUUAAAACCACCCCUGAAAAGGAUUCAUAAAUAAAGAUACUCAGCUGUUAAAA